AUGGAUGAUGCUGCUACUGCAUGUGAAGACCUAAAGUUUUUUGAGAGAAGGCUAACCGAGGUUAUUUCUCAUAUGGGUCCCCGAUGCACUCGAUGGAGAAUUGUACUUCUGCUGAUAUCUUUGUCCGCAGUUCUUACUUCGUACAACUGGAUAGCUGAUCCUACUUUGCGAUCGGUGUCUCUGUGGGAAUCGUUACAAAGCCAUCCAGUGUUCAGUGUGAGCGUGCCACUAUUAUUUAUUCUAUUUACUGCAUUUGGUAUUCACAGGAGGGUCGUUGAACCAUCAAUAAUCGCACGGAGAUGUCGUGAAUCGCUGUCGUAUUUCAGCCUCAGUUGUGAUGAUAAUGGAAAAUUGAUUGUGAAGCCAACUGUGCGGAUGUCGUCCCCGUGA